AUGGGCCCGCGCAGGGAUCCCCAGUGCAGCCACCUGACUGAUUGUCGAGGCGUGCUGCGGCCCGCUGCUUCUGCCUCCGCCGGCGGCGCUGCGGCCAGAGGAAGGCACCCAGAGCGCAGAGCCGCGCGGCCGCCGCCGCCCGCCCNCCCGCCCGCGACGGUGAAGCCGCGGCCCCACGCCCGCCGCCGCCCUCCGCCCCUCCUUUGUCUGCACCGCCCGCGCCGCCGCCCGCCGCUCUGCUGCGCCCGCCGCGCCCCCCGGCAGCAGCCGCGGCCGCGGCUCGAGCCGGAGCCGGAGCCCGAGCGCGACGAGGCCCGGGGCGCGUCCUCGCCGCCAUCGCCGUGCCGCCGUCCACCCGCCGCCGGGCCCUGGGGCACGCCGGCCCCGCGCACGCCUCGAGGCCGAGCCAAGGAUUUUAAACAGUUUGAACCUAAUGACUUUUAUUUGAAAAACACUACAUGGGAGGAUGUAGGACUGUGGGACCCUUCUCUUACGAAAAAUCAGGACUAUCGGACAAAACCUUUUUGCUGCAGUGCUUGUCCGUUUUCCUCAAAAUUCUUCUCUGCCUACAAAAGUCAUUUCCGGAAUGUUCAUAGUGAAGACUUUGAAAAUAGGAUUCUCCUUAACUGCCCUUACUGUACCUUCAAUGCAGAUAAAAAGACUUUGGAAACACACAUUAAAAUAUUUCAUGCUCCAAACUCCAGCGCACCAAGUAGCAGCCUCAGCACUUUCAAAGAUAAAAACAAAAACGAUGGCCUUAAACCUAAGCAGGCUGACAAUGUAGAGCAAGCCGUGUAUUACUGCAAGAAGUGCACUUACCGAGACCCUCUCUAUGAGAUCGUCAGGAAGCACAUCUACAGGGAACAUUUUCAACAUGUGGCAGCACCCUACAUAGCAAAGGCAGGAGAAAAAUCACUCAAUGGUGCAGUCUCCCUGGGCACAAAUGCCCGAGAAGAGUGUAACAUCCACUGCAAGCGAUGCCUUUUCAUGCCCAAGUCCUAUGAAGCUUUGGUACAGCAUGUCAUUGAGGACCAUGAACGGAUAGGCUAUCAGGUCACUGCCAUGAUCGGACACACAAAUGUUGUAGUUCCCCGAGCCAAGCCCUUGAUGCUGAUUGCUCCCAAGCCUCAAGACAAAAAGGGCAUGGGACUCCCACCACGAAUCAGCUCCCUUGCUUCUGGAAAUGUCAAGACUGUUGACAAAAAGCUUAACCUUGGGAAAGAAGAUGACAGCUUCUCNGACAGUUUUGAACAUUUGGAAGAAGAAUCCAAUGGAAGUGGGAGUCCUUUUGACCCUGUCUUUGAAGUUGAGCCUAAAAUUCCCAGUGAUAAUUUAGAGGAGCCUGUACUGAAGGUAAUUCCUGAAGAUGCUUUGGAAUCUGAGAAGCUAGACCAAAAAGAGGAGGAGGAGGAUNGUUCAAAAUAUGAAACUAUCCAUUUGACUGAGGAACCAGCUAAACUAAUGNAUGAUGCCUCUGAUAGUGAGGUAGACCAAGAUGAUGUAGUUGAGUGGAAAGAUGGUGCUUCAUCAUCUGAGAGUGGACGUGGUUCCCGACAAAUCUCAGANUUUGAGGAUAAUACAAGUGAAUUGAAACCAAGAACCUGGGCUGAUGAGUCUUCCCAGAGUAAAGAUGCAAGGAGCAGUAAGCCAGCUGCCAAAAAAGGGGCUACAGUGCAAGAUGACACAGAGCAGUUAAAAUGGAAGAAUAGUUCCUAUGGAAAAGUUGAAGGGUUUUGGUCCAAGGACCAGUCACAGUGGGAAAAUGCAUCUGAGAAUGCAGAGCGCUUACCAAACCCACAGAUUGAGUGGCAGAAUAGCACAAUUGACAGUGAGGAUGGGGAGCAGUUCGAUAGCAUGACUGAUGGAGUUGCUGAUCCCAUGCAUGGCAGCUUAACUGGAGUGAAGCUGAGCAGCCAGCAAGCCUGAGGCCCUGGUGUGCCAUAGCAUAUGCAUAUGGGUCGUGUUGCAUCCUGGACUUAUGCUCUCCUUCCAGUCUGACUGCAAAGCUGUCUAAUAACUGGCACUACCUUGCAAGGACUGGUCAGUCAGCAGGCUGUGGGGAUAUGUGACCACUCUAGUCCCAGUGGUUAUUUCCAAGUCUAUGAUAUGUGAUUGGUGGAUCUUUGUUCAGACUCUUCUCUGGUAGACUCGGUGGGUGAUGAAGUGUGAAAAACCAGUAAGCUGGUGGCUCAUGAAUGCACACAGGGAGAAGUAGUUCGUUACCUACCUGCCUUCCCAGCAUUUCUUUCCCUCAGAUGUUUGGUUGGAUGUCCUGGGAAAGCCUUACCCUGAUUCACAUAGUAGUGCAGGGCGGGCAUACACACUACCAGUCAGAUGUGUCUUGUAGACUUGGGAACAUGGACGGUUUUUUUCAUGUAUCUUCUGAAUAGUUGAAAUGUAUAUUUGUACAGUCUUUUAGACCUCAAGUGAUGCUUAUGAAACACUGUUACUGUGUGCCCGUCAUAGAUUGGUUUUUAGUGUUGCCCUUGCUGUGUGAUAAAUGCUAUAUCUAGUUUACCUAGCAAAGCUUGACCCUGCGAUAGUAUGGACCUUUGGACAGACUUAGUUUUUGCACAUAACCUUGUACAAUCUUGCAACAGAGGCCAGCAACAUAAGAUAUAUAUCUGGACUCUCCUGUAUUAUAGAAUUUUUUUCUUGUUCUGAGUAUCCUUGACAUUACAAUUGUCAAAAAUGGUAUUUCAGAUCUCUUUCUGAGACCUUUUAAGCUAAAAUAACAUGCAAGAAUUGAUUUUACAGCUACUAAUUUUGACACCUUUUAGAUCUGUAAGAGUGUUGUAUCAGAGCAGCAAGCACAGUUGAGUGCUGCAUUUGGGAUAUUUAGUUUCCUCUUUAGUUGAGCACCACUGGGUGUAUUCAUUUAUACCAUCUAAUAUAUGACACACUGUUGUAGUCUGUAUGAUUUUUGUGGUCUUUAUUUCUCUUUGUAUUCAUUUUAAGCAUCUAAAUAAAUUGCUGUAUUGUGCUUAAUGU